GGCCUGUCAGAAUUUUCUUGCGAUUUCUUAAUUCAACCCUGAGGCUUUUAGGUCAGCUUCUUAUGGUUUUUCAACCAGGGGCAUUUGGUCAUUAUAACCAUUUCACUUGCUAAUACUCUUAAUUUACUCUGACUGCAUGAGGUUAAGAUCACCAAAAUAUCUAAGAUCAAGUCUUAUAAGCUUAACUUCCCCAAGGCUAUGUGACCAAACCAAAUCUCCUCUCUCAAUUGAACAGAUUAAUUAGUUAUUGAGAACAGUACGUCCCCUUAAUUCUGUCUACUGUGUUCCUUCUUGAUGUUUUUUAAUAUAAUACAACAGCAUAAUGUUUGUGUGUGUCAUUAACAUGCUCAAACAUCAAAUGUGGAAUCAUUCGAUGAAAGGAAGACUUGCUCAACUAAGGUCAAAUCAUAUCUUCAUAAAUCAAGUCUUCUAAAUACAUUUCAAAAAAUGAUGAAGUGAACAGUAAAGCCCGUUUCAAAAGAUUUUCAAUCAAAUCAUGUGAACAGAGAUGUAUAGUGCUUUUGCCCACUCGACCUACAUUUGCUCUUCUUAUAUCCAAUAUUGGCUACUACGCUAAUAAAGGGUUUUCAAACAAACCCCAACAAGUUUGUGGAUUGCAGCCACCACUAGUCCACCAAGUAAGUCCUUGCAAGACUUUUGCAAAGAAUAUGGUGAAAGUUUCCUAAGGCUAACCCACAAUUCCUUUGGUGCAAUGCCUAGCUCAAUAGAAUUUAUGUAUCUCUAAGUGUAUGGUAUACAUAUGAGCAUACAAUCUAAGGAUGUAAAGCAGUAUACCUGCUCACAUUCGAGAAAAUCAAGCUUCAACCUCUGCAGCUUCUGCUUCUUGUCUUCUCCUUUGGAUGGAAUAGCAAACUAGGAAAGCCUAUUUUUUUUUCUCUCCUAAUCCGUAUGGAAGUGUCUAAGUGAAAAAGAAAAUCCUAAUCUAUCAAAAAUCACCUGAAGAAGGUGAACUGGUAUAUUUAUAGGGGUUGAGACCAACAGCUUGUUAAUGGCUAAAGAAAACAGCAACCUAGUAGAUUGGCAGGCUGCCAGGUGACUCCAAGUUGCUGGAUAUUUUAAGCUUCUCCUGUCUCGAAUUUUUCCAGUUGUCUGUGAAGGUGUGUCUCAAGGAACUUGCCUACACCUAAAUUGGGUGCUAAAUGAUCUAAAGAGCUCAGAGUCUUCAAUCCUGAUGUAGUCUACGUUGGGAAACUUGGUAGACUUCUUGAAGCUUGGAAUCCUCCAGUAGUUCUGAGGGUUGACAUUGAUGUACUAAUUAGAGCUAAUUAGUAUACUAAUUAGAGCUAAAUACAAUUCAUGAAAUUGCUAAUCUAUGGUCCUUAAGCAACUUAUUGCCUUCAGCUAAAUCAUAAAAUGUUUUGGCUUUUGGUUGCUUACCUAUGUAUUGGAGCUUUGAAAGGGACAAAAUCACUGAAAAUCACAAGUUCUCUUGAAUAGUGACCAUUGUAUCUGUCAGCUUUGUAAUCCCGAACAAUAACCACCCAUGGUAUUGAAGUCAACAUGUUCCAAGAUAGGCCAAACCUUCAGUAUGGUUAGCUUUAAUGGAUGAUCAGACGGAUGGAAGUACCAAGGUGUGUCUGGUAUCGUAUUGUAAGAUCACGACUGCAUUUAAAAGUGAUCUUUCCAUCUUCAACAAGCCGGUGGUGAUUUAGCAUGGAUAGGCAAGGGACAAAUCUUCUUUAUUUGAAUUCUGUGAGGAUGUAUUGGUCCACUGUGGAUUGGUCUUGUGAUCUCAUGCUGUUUAUUGUUUAAGCAGUAUUCAGGUAAAUUUAAUGUCAAUUUGUUUUUGUUGGAUUGAGCUAUUCAAAUUGACCUUGUAGGAUGGGAUUAUUUGCCAUCAUCUGGCACAAAUUAGUACAGUACCCCCUAAGGGUGUUUUGUUGUCAACUUCCACAGAGAUUUUGCCCUUCUCUCUUCCCCAAUUGGUUGGAAAUUUUAGCUUUUUUUUCUUUGUUUCUUUCUUGACUUGUCAAUCAAAAGUCAGGAGCUGAUAGCGGUUGUUUGACUAUAUUUGUGCUGCUGACUUAUGAAGGAUCAUUUGAACUUAUAUUUUCAGUUUUAUCCUCCAAAAGAUUGGCUGGUGAGAUCAUCUUUGCCUUCAAAGUUCAGUGCAGACAUUAUUCAGUCAGCACUGAAUGAGCUGACCCCAAGUAACGUCAGAAUUUUUUGGGAGUCCACAAAGUUUCAGGGGCAUACUGACAUGACUGAGCCAUGGUAUGGAACUGCAUAUUCUGUCGAAAAAAUAAGUGGUUCCAUGAUUCAGCGAUGGAUGGAAAGAGCUCCUGAUGAAAAGCUGCAUCUACCUAUCCCCAAUGUGUUCAUUCCUACUGAUUUAUCUGUUAAAGAUGUCUUAGAGAAGGAAAAAUUUCCACGUUUGUUGAGGAAAUCACCAUAUUCAAGGUUGUGGUACAAGCCUGAUACAGCAUUCUCCACUCCGAAGGCAUAUGUUACGAUAGAUUUCAACUGUCCCUAUGCUGGAAGCUCCCCAGAAACGGAAGUUCUUUCUGACAUUUUUACUCGUUUGAUGAUGGAUUACUUGAAUGAAUAUGCUUACUAUGCUCAGGUUGCUGGUCUUUAUUAUGCGAUAAACCACACUGACAAUGGCUUUCAGGUGACUCUGGUUGGUUAUAACCACAAACUGAGGAUCUUACUUGAAACAGUUGUUGACAAAAUUGCAAAAUUUGAAGUAAAAACUGACAGGUUCUCUGUGAUCAAGGAAUUGGUUACAAAGGAUUAUCAAAAUUUCAAGUUCCAACAGCCAUAUCAGCAAGCAAUGUACUACUGUGCUUUAAUACUACAGGAUCAAACAUGGCCUUGGAACGAUGGACUUCAAGUUCUUCCUUAUCUUGAAGCUGAUAAUCUGGCUAGAUUUUAUCCUCUGAUGCUUUCAAGGGCUUUCUUAGAUUGCUACAUAGCAGGGAACAUUGAACCAAAUGAAGCAGAGUCGAUGAUCGAGCAUAUUGAAGAUGUUCUCUACAAGGGUCCCCUGCCAAUUUCCCAAGCUCUAUUCACAUCUCAGUAUUUGACAAAUAGAGUUAUUAAGCUUGAAAGGGGCAUAAAUUACUCCUACACUGCAGAAGGCCUGAAUCCGAGUGAUGAAAAUUCUUCCCUCGUUCAUUAUAUUCAGGUACAUCAGGAUGAUUUCAUGCUGAAUGUUAAACUCCAGCUGUUUGCACUGAUUGCAAAGCAACCGGCUUUCCACCAGCUUAGAUCAGUUGAGCAACUUGGUUAUAUUACUGUGCUUAUGCAGAGGAAUGAUUUCGGUAUCCGUGGAGUGCAGUUUAUCAUUCAAUCUGCAGUAAAGGGUCCUAGACAUAUUGAUUUGAGGGUUGAGGCAUUUCUCAAGAUGUUUGAGAGUAAACUUUAUGAGAUGUCCAGUGAUGAAUUCAAGAGCAAUGUUACUGCACUGAUUGACAUGAAGCUUGAGAAGCACAAGAAUUUAAGGGAAGAAUCAUCAUUUUACUGGCAUGAAAUUUUUGAUGGGACCCUGAAAUUUGACAGGAGAGAGUGUGAGGUUGCAGCACUAAAGAAGCUGACUCGAGAGGAAUUGAUAGAUUUCUUUAACGAAUAUAUAAAAGUUGGUGCUCCUCGAAAGAAGUCAUUGAGUGUACAUGUGUAUGCGAGCUCGCAUUCUUCAGAGUACAGAGCAGAAAAAACUGAACCUGUUGGACCAAACUCUGUUCAAAUCGAGGAUAUUUUCAGUUUCAGGAGAUCACGGCCUCUUUAUGGUUCAUUUAAAGGAGGUUUUGGUCAUAUGAAGUUGUAA